GGAGCCACCUCUGCCAGCAGCAUGUUCAAGGUAAUUCAGAGGUCUGUGGGGCCAGCCAGCCUGAGUCUGCUCACCUUCAGAGUCUAUGCAUCACCUAAAAAGGACUCACCUCACAAAACUUCUGUGAAGGUUAAUGAGCUUUCACUCUACUCUGUCCCUGAGGGUCAAUCUAAAUAUGUGGAGGAGCCAAGGACCCCACUUGAAGAAAGCAUUUCCCAUCUCCGACGUUACUGCGAGCCAUAUACAAGUUGGUGUCAGGAAAUGUACUCACAAACUAAGCCCAGGAUGCAGAGCUUGGUUCAAUGGGGGUUAGGCAGCUAUGAAUAUCUCCAAAAUGCACCUCCUGGAUUUUUUCCAAGACUUGGUGUUACUGGUUUUGCUGGCAUUGUUGGACUUCUUUUGGCUAGAGGUUCAAAAAUAAAGAAGCUGGUGUAUCCACCUGGAUUCAUGGGACUUGCUGCCUCUCUUUAUUAUCCACAACAAGCCAUCGUAUUUGUCCAGGUCAGUCGGGAGAAAUUAUAUGACUGGGGUUUACGAGGAUACAUAGUUGUAGAAGAUUUGUGGAAGAACUUUCAAAAGCCAGGAAACGUGAAGAAUUCACCUGGAAAUAAAUAGAAUGCUCCAUGCUCUGCCCAUUUUAAUCAGUUAUAGGUAAACAUUGGAAACUCCAUGCAGUAAACCAGUAUUUCUACAGAAAAAUGGCAGAGAAGCCAGUACUGAAUAUAGUAAAUUGGCUUUCUUCAGGACAAACUAUACUAGGCUUCUUUGUUAUCUUGGGUGAUGCCAUACUGCAAGUGGACUAAUCGGAAAUCCUUUCACCUAGAGAUAAUGUCUAGCCUUAGAACUCCU